GGAAUUGUGUUGCCUGUCUGGUUAGUUAUAGUUUGGAAAAAUUUAUUUAAAGUGCCUGUUCGUUAAAUGUUGGCUGACGACGUUCUGCUAUAUCUUACAGUUAAAGUUUUUUUUAAAAAGCUCUUACAAUGACGGAUAUUGGUAAAUUAGAGAAAAUGGUGGUUAAGUUAAGAGUAUCUGACCUCCAGACCAUUUUAGAGUUUGCCGGUCGUAGAAAAGUGGGCAAGAAGAACGACUUGCAGGCUAGAAUAAUCGGUUUGAUACGUCAACCCUCGUCCAUGCCACUUAGGAUGAAGAUAAGAGAGGUAUACAAGGCCUUCCUGAAGUCCAUUAGGAGCAUGUCUGCCAACAAGGUGGUGGUGGACGGGCCGUCUCACUCGCGGCGCAGCGCCAGCCCCGGGCCGGGCGGCGACGGCCCGCACAUGUACUCUGCCUACAACAUGCUGAUGGACCAGCAGACGCCCCCCCGCCCGCCGAGGCACAACUUCUACCCGUACCAGCACCAGCACCAGGACUACGCGCUGGACAUGCACUCGUACCCCAUGGCGUCCAACUACCCCAUCCACCCGGACGUCCGCUUGAAGAAGCUGCCCUUCUACGAGAGGGUGGGCGAUCUGCUCAAGCCGUCGUCGCUCUUGCCGCAAGGGAACAAGCGGGUCCACGAGGCCAGCUUCCAGUUCUGCCUGACGCCGCAGCAGGUGACCGACAUCCAGUCCUCGUACAGCAUCUGCCCCGGCGUGGGCCGCUCCGACCACCUGCUGCAGGUGCAGGUGAGGUUCUGUCUCAUGGAGACGUCGUGCGAGCAGGACGACUGCUUCCCGUCCAACGUGUCUCUCCGGGUCAACGGGAGGGUGUGCCCCUUGCCGAACCCCAUCCCCACCAACAAGCCCGGGGUGGAGCCGAAGAGGCCGCCGCGGCCGGUCAACGUGACGCCCUUCCUGCAGAUGAGUGCGAUCGUGGCGAACCGCGUGGACGUGAGCUGGAGCCAGGAGUACGGCCGGCUGUUCGCCAUCUCCAUCUACCUGGUGCGGAAGCUGUCCUCGGGAGAGCUGCUGAGCAGGCUGCGGGCCAAGGGCUUCCGGCAGGCCGACUACACCCGCGGCAUGAUCAAGCAGAAGCUGUGCAAGGAGGCAGGCGGGGAGAUAGCGACGACGGCGCUGCGAGUGUCGCUGGUGUGCCCCCUGGGACGCACGCGCAUGACCCUGCCGUGCCGCUCCAACCUCUGCACGCACAUGCAGUGCUUCGACGCCGGCGUCUUCCUCAGCAUGAACGAGCUGCGCCCCACCUGGGUGUGCCCCGUCUGCAACCGGCCCUGCCCCUACGACACGCUCAUGCUCGACGGGUACUUCCACGAGCUGCUGACGUCCAGCUCGCUGCCGGAGAGCGUCACGGAGAUCCAGGUGCACCAGCAGGGCACGUGGUCCAUGUUCCCCGCCGCAGCCUCCCCGAGCAAGAAGCCGAAGCUGGAUGAGAUCUCUGUGGACCUGGAAGUGGUCCCGACGAACCCCAUCGUGUGCACGCCCCGGAAGCUGGACUGCUCCGCGGUGACGGUGGACCUGACCAGCGACUCUGACGAGGAGACCCCGACACUCUCCCAGGAGCCGGCCCCGCCCGGCCAGCCGCCCGCCCCCGGCGCAGGUCCGGCGCAGCCACGCGCCCCGUGCAAGCCGGACGCCGGAGCCGACACGGCCGUGGAGGUCAUAGACCUGACCUGAGGCCAGCGGCACGCCACUGUGUUCCUACCGAGCUCUCUCCGAGGCUCUGCAACGUGCAGCUGUGAACGGUUCUUUUAUUACAUUUUUAUAUAAUCUGUUUGUAGCUGUUAGUCUGGUUUUUUUUUUUGCUUUGUUAGGCUUAGAAUUGUAAAAAUUUGUUUUGUAUUAUGCUUAUGGCUGUAUGACAACUGCCAGGUUCGGUAUUUUGCAUAGUAGAUAUGAGUCUGCUGUGUUGUGUGGAUAUCAGUUGAAUAAAAGUACAAGUAUAAAAAAUAUUGAAUUCUGAUGGUAAGUCAGGGAAAAAAAAAUUUUUUUUUUUUUUUUGCUCUUUUUUGUGCCAAUAUUAAAGUCAUUAAAAUUCAUACAGGGAUUUGUGCAAUUGUAACAAAUAUAUCAAAUUAAUGGAUACAGAUAAAAAAAAACACAGUAUUGUUUUGAUUUUUUGUUUGUUGCAAUGUGUACUGAUUGCAUAUUUUCAACUUAAAAAAAAUUUCAGGUAACAGAUUAUCCGGCAGUCAACUUAAGCUGUUCGGCUUUUCACUGUGUAUUUGUUAAAUUAAACUCUGUGUAUUUACUUCAAGCUCAUUUAUAUUGUACAGAAGUGACUUCAACUGUGAUGUUGAUGGUCACUCGACGUGAUAUGCCACAGCUUUACUACACUUUGAACAUAAUCGAAUAUUCAUUAUUUCCAAGAGCAAUUAUUUGGAAUUUAGUAGAUAUUUUUGUUAUUUAAAAAAAUUAGGACUUUUCACACAGGCCCAGCUAUUAAUUUCUGUUAAAUUCACAUCAGCCUUAAAAAAAAUUUUAAUGUACAUCAUGCAGAAUUGGUCAGUUGGGAAGUUAGUAUGUGUUCUGUUCUCACUGAGUUUAAUGUUUAGUGGGUACAUUUUAUUAGUUAACCAUUUUGUCAGUUUCUGCUGAGGUUUAGUGGUUUUGCGAUGUGUACUUCGUUAGUUUAUGUGCAUGUGAUUUUACCUAAAAUUUGGAUGUGCAAAUGACCUCAGAUCUGUGGUUAACGAGGAAUAGAAUGGCCCGUCAUUACUGCUGUGUUUGAAGCCAUUGCAGAAAUUUUCGGACGGUAUUGCAAAUUGAAUAAAGCACACUUUUUUUUUUUCAUUGCUAAACAUGGUGCAUGUGGGAAAAAAAUUAAUUCCUUUUUUUUUCUCUGUAGCUUUUAUUAUUAUUCCAUUUAAAAUUAAAGCUUCUAACAAAUUCAAUCCAAAAUGUAAAACAUAACAUUGACAUAACACUGCACAUGUUAAUGAGAAAGCCACAGUCUCAGGACUACAUAACUACUUACGUUUAACUGAACAAUGGUAUUGCUUGUUUCAUGUUAAUGCUUCAAUAUUGUUUUAUUGUUUUUCUUUCAAAAGUUUUUCCUGAUACUGUAAUACUACCCAAUCUUCCAUCUGUUUGUUUGUCGUAUCUUUAGGAACCCUGGACUUCCAAGGGGUCUUUACACCAGGGUUCUAGUUUGUACCGGUAGUUAUAAAUGUGUGUUUCUUAUUUUUUAAUUUUAACAUAGAAUUGUAUUCACAGAUAUGUUUUUCAGCUUUCGCAUUGAAGUACAAUUAAAAGAAAGGCAUAAUUAUACUUGAAACAGCAUAUUUCCUUUUGGUCUGUUCUAAAGUGUAGAGUAUAUAUAUGUAUGUUUAUUGUGCAAAGAACAACUUCCAAUAAAAACGUUGCUUCUGUUCUUUUUAUUUGCAUUUUGUGAUGUCACCACUUAUGUACUGACUUUUUUGUGUUAUUGUUGAUUGUAUUAUAACAUGUGUGGUGGUAUUUUGUGAGUGUGACAGCAUUGUACAUGACAUUACACAGUUUCUCUUAAAAAUAUUCCUAAGUUGUGAAAGGAGUUUUGUUGCAUCACCAUGUGUUGCCAAGAUUACUUCCGUAACUGAACUGUUCUUAAUAUCUUAUGUCAUUGCCAUAUGCUUGUGUUCAUUUUUGUUAUUGGAUGUCAGUAAAUUUUGUAUUGUGUAGAAGACUGUGUUGACCAAGACUUAUCCCAUACAAUGUACUUUUUUUUAAAUAAAUAUUCUUUGAAAACUGCUGCCUAUUAAAUUGUAAUAAU